GGAACUUGGUGUGCUACUAUGCUUUACUACGUAUUUAAUUGGGAUACCACUGUGACAGCAAGGAAUGAACUUGGAUCCUUAAAAACAAAACAAAAACCCUACUACUAGAGUUGAAGAAAAAUCUCCAUUUUGCUAUUAGCAGUAUCCUCCUGCUCCUGAAUCAUUGACUUCUCCCACUUGAGAUAAAAGAGAAUCCCCAUUCACCGUUAGCGGUAUAAGGCCUAUUGCACAGUUGAGCAAUUCUGAUUUCAUCCACUAGAGGCCAGUGGUGGUACAUAUUAACCUGUUCAUUCCAAUACUUGCCCACCUUCUUGAAGGCCCUUUUGAAUGCCUCUGAUGUAAUGCCCAUGUCUGCACAAAAUAUAAUUGUGGGCAAGUAUCUGCAAGACGCGUUGGAGUCAAGGGAGAAAAACAUCCAAAGCUCUGACCUGGAGUCGGAUCAGCCUGAUCCCAGACGGAAUUAAGUACAGGUGUAUCAAGCUCUUUGUGAAGGGUUUUCUGGGAGAAAUCGAAGGGAUCGUCAGCCCGGUGAUCUCUCUCCUCCCUGCUCGCAGUGGGAAUCGGGACCCUGUUGAGUACCGCAGGAGACAAGGGGCUCCCAGCAUUUCUGCUAAUGGGGGUGCACAUUCUCUGGAUCCCCUCUUCCAAGCUUGCCUGCAGCGGGCUGCUGAUUUGAAGAUGCUACCGCUGGCUUUAAUAGGAUGUCGUGAACGUUCCUUCUCAGAACGUGGCUCAGAAGGGACGUUACAGACCUUUAGAUGAAAGCAAGAGCUGGAAGCUGCCUUGAAAAGGCUGCUGCAGCUUCUCACCUAGUCGGGGCAGAUUUUUAUCUGGCCUCAUGUAUGAAUGGCCUAAAAAUAGGUAAGGACUGGAACAGGCUUCCAAGGAGAUUGUGGAAUCCCUGUCACUGAAGGUUUUUAAGAACAGGUUAGACCAUCACCCCUCAGAGACGGUCUGGAUUUACGUGGUCCUGCCUCAGUGCAGGGGGGCUGGAUUGGGUGACCCCCUUCCAGCCCUACAUUUCUAUGAUUCUCCGACUUCAUGCUGGGACUGAAUUGCUGGCUACAUUUGAACCAGAAUCUUUUUGUUUGAAUUCAGAGCCGUUGCUGGGCGCAGGGUGUUUUGGGCCCACGCCGUCCUCCUUUGCUUACCGCCCAGAUGUCUGGAGACGUGGGGCCUGUCGCUUUUCUCAGAGCCUUGUUCACGUGACUUAAGCGCUUGAGCAGCUGAGGAACAUUACAGGAGAGUAAAGUUGCACGCAGCAGACUGAGCGAGCCAGCCUCGAAAUCACUAAUGUCCUGCUCUCCCCCAUGCAAUACACCGACACGCUCUUUGUCUGGGGUUCACAAAGUAGUGACACCUAGCUCUUGUACAGUGCAUCAUGUCAGGAGAUCUCAAGGCGGUUUACAAAGGGGAUCAGCAUCAUUAUUCCUAUUUUUAUAUAAUAGCCGGUGUGCUUUGCCUCCUCCAUACCGCAUCUCAAGCAGAGCAAGCUUGCUUACGUGGUGUGGUUUGGCUGGGAGUGACUAGGUGGGGAAAGAAGCUCAAAGGAUGGCAAGUGAAAACCAGCAUGGAGCCCAUGGCUUUAACUUUCAUGUCACGAAACGACCCAGUGUAUUUCCAGAUGACACUGCCGUAUGAUGAGCGCUGUAGGUUGGCCGUUGACGUUGCAUUGAAAGUGAUGACUACAGUCCAGGACAAGUGGAAAGCUGGCACAUGGUCCAGAUUUUGGGUUUAAAGAGAGAGAUCCAGGAAGUUUAAGGCAAAAUCGUAAAACAGAUAAUGGAAGAAGCCGUCACCAGGAAAUUUGUGCAUGAAGACAGCAGUCACAUCAUCGCCUUAUGUGGUGUGGUGGAGGCGUGCCUCCUGCACAUGCUGAAACGCAGAGCCGCCGGCUUCCUCCGGACCGAUAAGGUCGCUGCCCUCUUCACCAAAGUUGGCAAGACGUACGCGGUAGCUGGGGACAUAUGCAAGAAAGUGCAGAAACUGCAGCAGCAGGCGGAAGGCAGGAAAAAUCAACCGAAUGGCCAGGAAUCCCUCAAGAGGCAGGGGUCUACCUCAAGCAAAACACCUGUCCUGACGCUGCAGGCCAUCAGACACAUCUGGGUGCGAACGGCCUUGAUUGAGAAAGUGCUGGACAAAAUCGUCCAGUACCUGGUGGACAACUGCAGCAAAUAUUAUGAGAGAGAAGCUUUAUUGGCAGAUCCUGUUUAUGGACCAAUCCUAGCUUCUCUCCUUGUUGGGCCGUGUGCACUAGAAUACACCAAGCUGAAAACAGCUGACCACUACUGGACAGACCCGUCAGCCGACGAGCUGGUUCAGAGACACCGGAUCCAUGGCGCCCACGGGCGCCAGGACUCACCCUCAAAACGCCCGGCGCUGGGAAUCCGGAAACAGCACUCGAGCGGGAGCAUGUCGGAAGACCGAUUUGCAGCUUCAGCUAGAGAAUACGUGGAGUCUUUGCACCAGAAUUCAAGGACUCACCUGCUGUAUGGGAAAAAUAAUGUCCUGGUCCAGCCAAAAGACGACAUGGAGGCAAUUCUUGGCUAUCUCUCCCUUCAUCAGUCAGCAGAUAGCUUGACUUUGAAAUGGACUCCCAAUCAGCUCAUGAACGGCACCCUGAGGGACUCUGAGCUGGAGAAAAGUGUGUACUGGGACUACGCCUUAAUAGUGCCAUUCAGUCAGAUUGUCUGCAUUCACUGCCAUCAGCAACCAGAAAGUGGAGGAACGUUAGUCUUGGUGAGUCAGGAUGGGAUCCAGAGACCUCCCCUCCAUUUCCCACAGGGAAGUCAUCUCCUUGCUUUCCUUUCCUGCCUGGAAAACGGCCUUCUGCCUCGAGGACAAUUAGACCCACCACUUUGGUCACAGCAGGGCAAGGGUAAAGUAUUUCCAAAGCUCCGGAAACGAAAUAGUAACAAGUCAGUGGAUCUGGAGGAAAUGCCAUAUGAGGAGUCUGCUACAGACUAUGUCUUCAGGAUUAUCUAUCCAGGCCACAGGCAUGAUAACAUAACUAUUAACUACCACCACUUAGCUGCCAGCCGCUCUGCCUCAGUCGAUGACGACGAGGAGGAGGAAGACCGGCUCCACGCAAUGCUCUCAAUGAUCUGCUCUCGGAACCUCACAGCUCCUAAUAGGAUGAAAGACUCCGGCGACAUGAUAGAGAUGCAGGGAUUCGGUGCGAGCUUGUUGUCAUGGCAGCUGGAACACUGCAGCCAAGGGUCCUCGUGCCUCUCCUGUUCAUCGGGCAGCUCUCCCUACGACAUCCCCAGCUGCUGCAACUGCAUUCACGACAGAACCCCAUUAAAGAUGCUGUGUGAAAGCAUGAAGAGGCAGAUUGUUUCCAGAGCGUUCUAUGGAUGGCUUGCGUACUGCCGCCAUUUGUCUACAGUGAGAACGCAUCUGUCUGCCCUCGUGAACCAUUCAAUUAUCCCACCUGACAAGCCUUCCAGCGCUGCUGGAGGCCUGACUAAAGAGGUCUGGAGUAAAUAUCAAAAGGACAAAAAGAAUUACAAAGAAUUGGAAUUACUCAAACGAGUUUACUAUGGCGGAGUGCAGCAUGAGAUUCGAAAGGAAGUGUGGCCCUUCUUACUAGGCCACUACAAAUUUGGCAUGACCAAAAAGGAAAUGGAUCGGGUGGAUGAAGAUAUUGCUCUCAAGUAUCAGAAGGUCAUGGCCGAGUGGAAAGCCUGCGAGGUCAUCGUGAAGCAGCGGGAGAAAGAGUCACACUCUGCCAUCUUUGCUAAGUUUUCAUCAGGCAGCAGCAUUGACAGCCAUGUUCAGCGAUUGAUCCACAGGGAUUCCACCAUCAGCAACGACGUCUUCAUAUCUGUAGAUGAAAUGGACUCAACAGAGCAAGACUUACAAGGUCCGGUUGACCCCUCGUUGACUGUGGUGAACGUCGACACUCCAGUCGCAGCGGCUGCCGUCGAACAGCAGUCAGUAGAAUUUGAUUCUCCCGAUUCCGGGCUGCCUUCUUCUCGGAAUUACUCGGUCGCUUCGGGCAUCCUGUCCAGCAUCGACGAUGGGCAGAGUGUCUGCUUUGAGGACGGGGCGGAGGAAGAAGUUAGCGCAGACUUAGAAAGACCAGAUCUGGACGUGACCCAGGCUCAGAAAGCCAAGGUGGUGACCUCAGAGCGUCAGGAUUCUGUAAUGGAGGAACAACUGUGCUCCCAGUUGGAUUAUUUAACGUCUGGAGAGGACAUUGCUUCUGUUUGUGGAGCUGCCUAUACAAUAGAAUUACUGGACACCGUUGCCUUAAAUCUGCAUAGAAUCGAUAAAGACGUUCAGAGGUGCGACCGGAAUUACUGGUAUUUUACUGCUGCUAACUUGGAGAAACUCAGAAACAUCAUGUGCAGUUAUGUGUGGGAGCACCUGGAUGUUGGAUACGUCCAAGGCAUGUGUGACCUACUGGCUCCUCUCAUGGUUAUCCUUGACAACGAUCAACUGGUGUACAGCUGCUUCAGCCACCUAAUGAGGAGAAUGAGCCAGAAUUUCCCCAACGGAGGUGCUAUGGACACACACUUCGCCAACAUGCGAUCACUAAUUCAGAUUUUAGACUCUGAGCUCUUUGAAUUGAUGCACCAAAAUGGAGACUACACCCACUUUUACUUCUGCUAUCGUUGGUUCCUGCUUGAUUUUAAAAGAGAAUUGUUGUACGAGGAUGUAUUUACAGUGUGGGAAGUUAUUUGGGCAGCAAAGCACAUCUCUUCAGAACAUUUUGUCCUUUUCAUUGCCUUAGCACUAGUGGAGGUCUAUCGAGAGAUUAUCCGUGAUAACAACAUGGACUUCACUGAUAUCAUAAAGUUUUUUAAUGAAAUGGCAGAGCAUCACAAUGCCCAGGAAAUCCUGAAGAUAGCAAGGGACCUCGUCUACAAAGUGCAAACGCUGAUUGAAAACAAGUGAACGCGGACAGAGAGGAAAACGGGCUUAGCGCUGACUAAGCAUUUCUUGCACUGUAACUUCAGAUGAUGUUUUAAUUGCAUCUUCCAUGUAAUGUAGUAAAUAGUCCAGAGAUUUGUAAUAGACUUUUAAAACAAACAAGUUUUCCACCAUGAGCUGAUGAGGUUUGUGUUUGAUAGUCCUUGUUAUGCUCACUUUGUAGUGCGAGGCAAACCUUUUGUUUUGUUUUUUUGCAUUCUACCCUCUCCUAGUCUCUAGGUAUUGUCCAGCUACAUGUCUGAGAUACAGAAGGAAUUUGGGGGUUUGGAGUCCUAUUUUGACCUAUCAGACCCUUAACACACUAGAGAUAUUUUGUGCUUGACCAAACCUCCCUGGGCCAAUUCAACGCCCAUUGAAGUCUAUGAGCACUGGAGCAGGAUCUUAGACAAGCAAGUGCUGUGGAGUUCACCUAGGAGAGGUGAAAGGAUGUCCCAGCUCCCACGCGUGUUUUUGGCCGUAUGAUGACUGUCCAUCCCGUUAUCUAGAACCAUUUAUGACCAAGUAAUCACGUUAGAAAUCACACUGUGGAAGAGAAUAAAAACACCCUGUCUCCGAGAAGCCAAGACAGCUUAGUCAGAAAACUCCUGGUCAAAUAUCUUCACUAGGCCACUAGUGACUCCUGGCAGUAAUCCGCAGCAUAUCUACAGGGACCUUGCGAGCGUCAGGUAUCCUUAGGCCAACCAUCCUCACGAGAAGAGGAAAGCUAGGAUUAAAAUCUGAGGGGGCAACUUGUAAAUUGCUGCCUCUAAGAGAUACAAGACGCUAAAUCGUCAUGUCCAGAUUGUUGCAAUUUUAAGUCUUUUAAAAAAAACCUUAACGGUAGCGUUUGCUGACAUUUCAGUGACACUGGUAUGAGAAGACGUGAAGGCCAGUUUUCAGUGCCCACAGCCCCUGAGCAUGUGCUUCAAGUUAAGCUUGUGAUUAAACCCCUCCCUACUUCACUGACCACUACACAGUUGCUUAGCAUGGUGCUGAAUCUGGGCCAGAAAGAUUAGAGUCUCUUUAGGGUAGGAGCUGGCUUUUUGUUCUGUCUGGACAACAGGGUUCUGGGCUGGGGACCCAAGGUGCCUCCACAAUAUAAAUAAUUGUAAUAAAAAGAGACUCCAGCUAUCAGGGAGACAUUUCUGCUACCCUUCCCCACAGUAAGUCGUCAGUACCUUACUCUGCAAGUAUUCCAAGGUGGCAGAAUCUGGCCCUAUAUAGUUUACACUUUCAGGUUAGUCAGCUCUUGAAACCUGGCUUAGUGCAUAGGAAAUUAAGCCCCUUCUCGUGGGGUUGGAUCUCCCACUCCUGCACCUGUGUGGAGUGGGGCAAGCACAGGGAUCUGCAGAACCUCACGAACACGCAUGCCCUGCAAUUUGCACACCUGCCUUCUCAGAGAGAAUUAGGGCCUAUCGGAUUAGAACUUCAUGACCUCUGAAAAAUAGAAUCCAGGACAUCACUAAUUCCCAUGUAGGUAUCAGCAUUUGCUGCACUAAGAAAGGGUAUUUUGUGGUGCUAUUUUUAUUUGAGUGCAUUUGCUGUCUCUGGAAUGUUUCCAUGCAAACAUGCAAUAGUUCUCUGUCGUUCGCACGUAUUACGGAGGUUCUGCAGCAUUCAUUUCUCUAUUGGACUGAAAGUUUAGAGUAGUGGCACAAUACUUACACCUCCUCCGCGGGGAUAAGGAGUUGUGACAAUUGAAACCAGCCCAGGAUCUGUCCUCGGGCUUUAGUUUGUCAGUGUGUUUAGAUCUCCACAGGGUCACCACAUAGACUAUAGUACAUACUGAGAUCCAGGACAUACUGUGAGAGUCUUCAAACUGAUCAGUUAGAUUGAAAGUUUAAUGAUAUAGCAGAAAGAGAAUUACCACUGUGCCAACAAGAGAGAAGGUCUGACCCUAAUGAAGUUACCCGUUGAUUUCACUAGAGUGGGCACAUAGACACUUUUUAAAAAAAAUCCAGAAGCGCAAAUCCCCCUGACUGGCAAUAGGCCUUGUGCUCCUGAAUCAUCUACGCCCUUUUGAAAAUUCCAUCCUUUGCCAAGGUGCCUCACUAUUAAAGAUGGCCAAAUCUCUUCCAAGGGAGCUAUUAAAAUUAAAUUUAGUCCUGAACCAAAGCCCUGGAUCCAAAUGCCCUUAAAGUUCAUGGCUCAGUUGAUGAGUUACCUUUUGAGAGCAGAAUUUUCAAAAGGACUGACCGCUGGGCCUGACUUUGCAUCCAUUGGAGUCAUUGGUGAAACUCCCCAUUGGGCUUAGUGAAAGCAGAGUUAGGCCAACCCUAAGCACGUCUGGAAAGCGCACCCAUAACAUCUUGGUCUAUCUUAGAUGAUCUUUAAGGGAUUUCACCGAGGAAGGGAAUAAAUCAGUGUUGUAUGUUUGAAAAUAGAAAAACAAAAAACCACUCUACACAAAUUUCAGCAGUUAGAACUAGCAGGACCAGAGUUUAAAAAAACCACUAAACAUUAAAGUGGUGUUUUCACUGGAUAGUAUUAGAACAGUGACUGUUUACCCAUUGUUUCACUUGCAUCUUUUAAACAGGAUAAAUUUGAUGCAUUUCUGAAACAGAUUAUAAUCCACAAGUGGCCCACUGUGAAAUUUGAGGGACAUUACCCUCAGUUAUAGUCUGUGCAAAGAUACAGAUUGAAUUAUGCCAAAGAAUCAGUACAUGACACUCAUUCCUCUGUUAUUUUUUUUUACAAAUCAAGGAAAAUAAAUUUCAGGUGUAUAAAGACACAACAAACUUUUGUAUCCGUAAUAUUAUAAGACUAUACAGUAUCUCUACCUUGUUCGACACUAAAAUGGGUAGAGACCCUUAUUCUCAGAUUUUUUUUUGAAACAAUAGUAAAAGAUGUUUACAUAUAGAGUUGAAGAUGUAUAAACCUGUAAUACGUCAUGAAGUUAGGGGGAAGUCGCUUUUAAAUUUGAUCCACUUUCUGUAAACCUUUGACGAAUGAGAAUUUGUCAUUCAUGCCUUACUUGAUCAAGCUGCCCCAAAAACAGUGUGUUCAAAACUUCCUUGUUCAGUCAAAAAAAAAAUUUUUUUUUUUUUUUCAGAAUAUUGUUGCAACAAGGUCCUGGCUAAACCAGUCUGUCUGUCCAUCUGAUCUGUGCCAUUUGUAUAGUUUCUUGGUCCCUUAAGAGGGCUGUCUAUCAUUUUAGAUACACCCAAAUAUCAUGCAGUCAGUUACCACUAUCAACUUUCAUGUGACCUGAACUAAGGAGAGAAAUGAGAAGUUUUAAGGCGACAUGUUCCUUUGUGAUUUCACAAAAUGGGGCAGAGGAAAUCUCGGUGUACUUUGAAAUGCCAAUCAGUCUUCAUGCAUUCCAGGAUGGGUUUGUUCCCUACCCUCCCUUCUAGCCGAUACAUAAAGAUCUCCCGCUCCUUGCUUCUUUUCCAUGGGAUUGUGCAGUCUGACAUUUAAACCAUCCUGGCUUUCCCCAGGGCUUCAUUCUCUCUGCAGAAUGAUGCAUCAGCUGUUCAGCAAGAAUCCAUUCUACACAGGCAGAGGGGCGGUUGUGCAGAAAUAUGUAUUCUACAUAGCAGCACAUGGGCAAGAAAGCCCGCUACUGGUCCUCUGAAAUUGAGGACGAGAGCUCCUUCCCAAAAUGCAGUUUGAAGGGUGGUGCAGCCCUGGCACUGCAGAGAUGAUGUAUUAAGGGGUGAAAGUGACAGGUAUUUAAAGCGCUCCUGCUAGCCAGUAGAACUGCUUAGUCAGUUCGUGUAGCUGGGUUUUGUUGAAUUUGUAGAACAGGGGAUGAGGAAAAAAAGACAGUGGUUAAAAUAAAGAAACCAAACCAAAAAGGUUUUUAUUAAAUGUUGUCAAAGUGGUCAACAGUUCCUUUCUAAGGCCAGUCCUGCUAAUUUCCCUUGAGUAGUCUCACUGAUUUUAGUGGGAUUACUCAGGUGAGUAAAAGCAGCAGGAUUUGGCCCUAAAAUGUUUUAAGACUAUGCAAGGUGUAGACGUACUGGUGGUUAUUGGAGCAAUGAAUUAAAAAGGCCAGAAAGUCUCUUUCUCUAAACAGUAGGCUGCCUUGGGAAGAUACCAGUGGAUCAAUGAAAGAAAGAAAAAUUGAGUGCAACCAACUUAAUGACGGUUUCUUUGAAUUCCUGGGAUGCAUGGUAGCAUCGCUGUCAGAUCUUUCCCAAGCUAGCAGGCUUCAUCCAGGAGCAGUUAGUUAGAUCUAGCUAGCCAUUUGUUCUGUGCUCGUAGCCCAACACCUUAAAAGCUGCACCUUGCAUUUUUCAAGACAAAGAAGGGUCAAAAAUUGCAGAUGAUUCAGGUGUAUGCAAAAGGGCCAAAGUUAGAUGGGCAGAGGGAGACUGUUAGAGGGGAAGGAGCCCUUUUUAACCCUAUAACUCAAUGCCAAAAUCAAAGGUAUUUGGAGGGGGAGGAGAACAGCUACCAUCCAAUAAUUUGGGAACACUCAAGGUUAAAUUAAACAACAAAAACAUUCUUUUGCUGGCGGGCGAAGCCACCGAAAACCACUAUUAUUUAUCGCUUGGUGUCAAAUUGUAUUGUAGACCAAUGCAUGGUUGCCGGAGGGGCUUAACAAAUGCUUUGCAGUUUGUGUAUCCGUUUGUUCAUCUGAAAGGUGAAAACAAAUCCCAUUAAAAAUCCCGCCAGGAGAAAAAUCUCUCCAAGAAACCCAGCUUGAGGAAUUUAUGUUAAAAAAAAAUCUGCGCUCUUUUUGGUUUGGAAGUGAUUCUACAACUCUUUACUAUGUAAAAAAAAAAAAGAAAAAGAAAGAAAAAGAAAAAUCUCUGCAAACUUUGUUGCAUCUGUUCUGCAUAAUUGUAUUUUAUGACUAUUGUGCAUUGCCUUAUUUAUUUGUGUCAGGAGCAGACUGUUUUCCCUUUAUUGCUCAAAAUUAUUUAUCUUUAAAUGUAACAUACGAAUAAAUACAUAUUGUCAAGGC